AUGAACCACCUUGAUCAAAUUAUUUCAAAGAAAGAUGUUAUUUUCCAACAAAUUGCUGAUGGAGUUCGUCCCGCACCUAAAAGUUUACUUGCGUAUCCUUUACUCAUGUAUGAAAUAAUUAGCAAGUUAGUGGUUCAUUCAAAAGAGUUAACUGAGACCGAAUCUGAAUUAGUGUCAUUAUUUCGACAAGCCCAAGAACAUUAUGAUUCAACCUGGAAUUUUGAGUCAGUGAAUGUUGAGUAUGUGAUGGAAUCACCACAAAAGAAAGUUAAAUUAGAUCUCAGAACAGAACCUACUUGUAAACCUCGUUUGCCAGAAAUGAAAAAACCUUUUGAGGAUACAUUUUUCAUGCAAUUUAUAUUCGACCAAUUACGAAAUUAUAGUAGAGAUCCGCGUCAUCACCAGUAUUCUGAUAUUGCAAAACGUUUUUGGAUUCUUGUUAAAUAUUAUGCAGGAAAGCAAUUUUUUGUCAGAAUGGCCGGAGCACGAAAUCAACAUCAACUAUGUAAUUGGUUCAACCAUUUACAUUACAAUCUCAUAAUUCCUGAAUUAGCUACAGUCAAAAAUUGGAUUCCAAAAGGUAGUCGUGGUAUCAUUCCGUAUUUCAAAGAAACUCUUGAAGAUAUUGUUUCAAAAUCCUCCUGUAAGAAUGCAUGUAUUUCUGUUGACGGCAUGAAGGUUUUGAAACAUAUUGACACACUAAAUUCAGAAUUUGUUGGAGUAGUGUUCCCAUGUAACUCAUUUCAAGAUCUAUCCAAAUUGAAACCUGAAUCAUUGACAGACGAGAUGAUAUAUUUUGUUAUUAAUGCCAUUGAUAAUUCUUGGAAUAUGCCUAUCGGAUGGUUUCCUAAAAACGAGUCAAUGAACAGCACACAAUUUGUAAUAGAUCGAUUUCAAGAAAUAUUGAAAAUUAUUGAUAAAUCUGUAACUGUUGUUUGUGGUUGUGCUGAUGCUGAAAUUGAUGCUCAGGCUGUUCAACACGCAAUUCAAGCUACGCAUAAGGAUUUUGUGUUUCUCAAUGAUUAUGUUCACAAUUUUAAGAAUCAAAGAAAUGCCCUAUUUACCUCUCAAAUUACUGAACACAAAAUAUCAAUGCCAACAAUAGUCAAUUUCAUGCAACAAUUUCCACACUUGUAUGAAUUGCUUGAUAGAGAGGAAGUAGCUCCUAGUGAUAUCAUGGCGUUACAAUAUUGUUUAAAUUUAACAAGCUCACCGGUCAUUGAACAGUUGAAAGCAAUCAAUACUCCACAAUCAUUAGCCGCAGCAAAUUAUUUGACGUUAAUUCGAGAAUUAUAUGACUGCAUUAAUGAUAAUAAGUGUCAAGUUGAGCAAUUACAUAACAUUAAGCAACGAUUUGAGCAGUUAAAUCCGUUCCCCUCAAAAACAAAAAAUAUUUGCAUACACACUAUCAAUGGAUUCAUCACUUUGAUCUCACAUUUUCCAAAUCUUCGAUCAAGCUGUAUCACCACAAAUUCUAAUGAACUAUUUUUCUCUAUUGUAAGACAUAAGUAUCCUCGAGCAACAGAAAAACAGUUCUGUCAAAUGGGUUUGUUAACAUUUUUCAUAUAUUGUAUCCUUCAUGCCCCUGAUGAUGUUCCAGGAUUUUCUCUUCCUGAUAUUCCAUUAACUGAUCAUUAUAACGGAAUGAGUGGAAAAGUGACAAAAAUUCCAGAUUUUUCGCCAUACUGUAGCCCAAACUCUCAACUUAAAGGAUUCGAAAAAGAAUUAGAAAAAAUUAAUCAACAAAUUGCAAAUUAUGCCAGAAAAUCCACUUUGAGAUUAGAUACUUGUGCUCCAAAGCGGAUCUUUCUUUGUUGCCCUGUACCUAAUUCAGCUGCUGAAGAGGUUAAGAAUAUGGAAUGUCAAGAAUUUCUUCGUCAAAUGCAAAGAGAUGUUGAAUUGCGAAAAGUUACAAUGUCACAUGGUGAAGAAGAUCAAUACAAAGAUUCUCAAUCAGAAAAUGCUACUACUAAUAAUUCAAUAGAGGAGCUUAAGCAUAAGCCUAAUGAAUUACGGUCCGUAUUUAAAGAUAAAAUUUCGGUGAUACAUUCUAGACCUCAAGGGAUAAUAUCAUCAACACAAAAUCUCAUGAAAAUCGGAAACAAAUUAUAUCAUAUUGUGUUGAUGGAUUUGGAGACAACGGGAGUCAAUGUCAACACCAAUACUAUCAUUCAAAUUGCUUUUCUAUCGCUGUCAACACAUCAAUUACAUUCAAUGUUUGUCCAACCAGAACCAAAUGCAAAUUGGCAUCAAAAAGCUGCAACAAUGCAUCAGGACAAACUGGCCAUAUUAGCCAAAAGUGAUUUUCUUCGGAAUGUGAUUCCUGAUGUUGUUAAUUAUUUGACAUACGGAGAAGCAGCCGAUGUAAUAUUCUUAGUUCAUUCAUGGAGUUUGGAUGAGCAAUUUUUCACAAAAGCGUUAACAAGUCUCUCUCAUCAACCCAAAAUUAAUUUUCAUUAUUCCGUGCCCGAGAAUGCCAACGAACACUGUCCAGGAGUUCAGAGCACUUCAGCAGGAAAAACAUCGGCUUGUGCUGGAUGUCCUAAUCAAUCCUUAUGUUCAAGCGGAGCCAUGAAAAACAAUAUUAAUCAAACAGCAAUUGAAACAGAGCAGAUUAAAGAGGCUAUGAAGGCAAUCAAGAGAAAGUUUUUAGUGUUAUCAGGAAAAGGAGGAGUUGGAAAAAGCACAAUAUCAAGCCAAUUGGCUCUAACGCUUGCUCUUACAUCCCAAAAUGAUCAAGAAUCAAUUCCGCAAGUUGGUGUUCUUGAUGUAGACUUGUGCGGUCCUUCCAUUCCGACCAUGUUCGGGUUAGAAGGAUAUCAAUUACAUCAAAGUAAUCUUGGCUGGAUUCCAGCAUAUUAUGAAGAUAAUUUAGCAGUUGUGAGCAUUGGAUUUAUGUUACCUAAAAAAGAUGAUGCUGUUAUUUGGAGAGGACCAAAGAAGAAUGGUUUGAUUAAACAAUUUUUGAGAGAUGUUUUUUGGGGUGAUUAUUUGGAUUAUUUGAUAAUUGAUACGCCUCCUGGAACAAGUGAUGAGCAUAUUACAAUUGUUCAAUAUUUGAAGAAUGUUGACAUUGAUGGAGCAAUUAUUGUCACAACACCACAAGAUGUGAGCUGUAAUGAUGUUAGAAGAGAAAUCAACUUUUGUAAGAAGGUUAAUAUACCCAUUAUUGGUAUUAUUGAAAACAUGAGUGGAUUUGUCUGUCCUCAUUGUUCAAACAAGACCAUGAUCUUUAAACCUACCAGUGGAGGAGGAGAGCAAUUAGCAAAAGAUUACAACAUUCCGUUCUUAGGAAGCAUUCCUUUGGAUCCAGUAGUAAUGCAGGCCUGUGAAACAGGAAAAAGUAUCGUUCGAGAUCAUCCUGAAUCACCUGCUUCACAAGUCAUGAAAGAAAUCGUUCAAAAGAUUGUGCAGCACAAACAACAGAAUUCCCUCCUGAACAAUCAUUAA